AUGGCAGCUUCAAACUCCAGCAAUUCUCUGUCCUCCACAUUCUACCUCACAGGCAUCCCUGGAUAUGAGGAAUUUCACCACUGGAUUUCCAUCCCAUUCUGUUUGCUCUAUUUUGUUGGAAUAAUGGGCAACUGUACCAUUUUACAUAUUGUCCGCACAGACCCUAGACUCCAUGAACCCAUGUACUAUUUCCUUGCCAUGCUUUCUCUCACUGACAUGGGCAUGUCCAUGCCCACAAUGAUAACACUCUUCAGGGUGUUGUGGUCCAUUUCCAAAGAGAUACAGUUUAAUAUCUGUGUGGUCCAAAUGUUUUUCAUUCACACUUUCUCCUUCACUGAAUCAUCUGUGCUCUUGGCUAUGGCCCUUGAUCGAUAUGUGGCCAUCUGCCACCCUCUGAGAUAUGCCACCAUUCUUACACCAAGACUCAUCACCAAGAUCGGAAUUGCAGCCCUGCUCAGGAGUGUCUUUGCCAUGAUUCCACUUCUGGCCAGGCUGGCCUACUUUCCUUUCUGCCACUCCCACAUCCUUUCUCAUUCCUAUUGUCUGCACCAAGACAUGAUCCGCCUUGCCUGUGCUGACACCAAGUUUAAUGUUAUAUAUGGAUUGGUUCUGAUCACUGUGCUGUGGGGAAUGGACUCUCUGGGUAUUUUUGUAUCAUAUGUUUUCAUACUUCGUUCAGUGUUGAGAAUUGCAUCCCGAGAGGGCAGACUUAAAGCCCUCAACACAUGUGCUUCUCACAUCUGUGCUGUAUUAAUUCUGUAUGUACCCAUGAUUGGACUGUCCAUUGUCCAUCGUUUUGCCAAACACUCUUCUCCCCUCAUUCACAUCUUCAUGGCUCAUAUCUACUUAUUGAUUCCACCUGUGCUGAACCCAAUCAUCUAUAGUGUGAAGACAAAGCAGAUCCGCCAAGGAGUCCUCCAUCUGCUUUGCCCACAUCAGGACUCCUCCUCAGGAUUAGAGAGGGCAAUGUUAGCUUUUUUUAAGUUAAAAUUUUUUCAAAUAAUGUUAAUUUUAUAG